AUGUCGAUCUUUACAAACUUGUUUCUUGUUUCGUCUUUGCUGCCGCUGGCACUGAGCUACCCUUUCUUCCCGCCAACAUGCUACAGCAAGGUGCUGAGCAUGGCACGAGAGCUCACCCAGUGGGCUGCAGAUUUGAAGGGGGACCCUGAAACUAGUCCCUGCAUGGCACACAUGCCAGAUCUCUACCUUGACGUCCAUAAUGCGUGUGUGAUGUACAAAAUGAGGACCUACAUCUCCCUGGUGGAAGGCCUGCGAGAUCGCCGCUGUGCCUACACCAGAGAAGUGAGGAAGUUUGGACUCACUCUGAGACAGCUCUUCAUCAUCAUGUCGGAGAAAUGUCACGGGGACUUGGUGUUCACAAUCUAUGACUGUGCUGUGCUGGAGCGCUAUCCUGGAUACUGAGAUGAUAAUAUUACUGUCUGACAGUAAUGCAGUUCUUCUGUGUGCAUCCUUCAGGCAUGUGCAACGACGUUGAGUUUAAAUCUCUGGUUUACUAUAAUGUUUAUCACUAAAACAUGAACUUUAAGCAUCUGUUUUCUGACUGUAAUGG